AUGAGCAACUGGGCUGAGAGCUUCAACAACACAACUAAGGACGCAAGAGACUUCCCGAUCACUGCUGCUGUAGCAUUCCUGAGGUCCAAAGUCAAAAAGUGGUUUGCUUCACGAAAAGAAAAAGCUGACAAGUGGACGAAACCCCUAGCACCAGAAAUGGAGGAGGACUUGGCAUUGCAUUUUGAAAAAUCUCGAUAUUUGAACGUUGACUCAUGUGGACCUUACACGUUGCAGGUUCACCCUGGAGGAACAGUUCAGACCGGUGGCAUAGUGGACUUGCAGGAACAAACUUGCACUUGCGGUUUGUUCCAGUGCAUGAAGUUUCCUUGUCCUCAUGCAUGUGCUGCAUCUCAGGAGCAAAAUAUUAGCAUGUACGCACUAUGCUCGCCAUAUUACACAACAGAAUAUUGGAGGAUGACAUAUGAAGGUACAACUAUGCCAGUUGGUGACGAGGAUGAUUGGGAAUUGCCUGAUGACAUAAAGAACAUGACAGUUGGAGUGCCUGUUGAGAAGAAACCAAUAGGGUGA